CUCAUACGGGAGAGAAACCUUAUGUUUGUGAACAAUGUGGGAAAUGUUUUUCACAGUCAUCUACUUUACAUGAACAUGAGCGAACUCAUACCGGAGAGAAACCAUAUGUUUGUAAGCAAUGCAAAAGAGGAUUUUCGGAUCGAUCUAAUUUAUAUAGACACAAGAAAAUUCAUACCGGAGAGAAACCUUACGUUUGUAAACAAUGCAAAAGAGGUUUUUCGCAAACACAUCAUUUACAUGAACAUGAGCGAACUCAUUACCGGAGAAAAACCUUAUGUUUGUAAACAAUGUGGAAAAGUUUUCGAUUAUUUUAAUUUAAAUACACAUAAGCGAACUCAUUCUGGAGAGAAACCUUAUGUUUGUAAACAAUGUGGAAAAAGUUUUUCUCAGUCAUCUAAUUUAUAUACACAUGAGCGAAGUCAUACUGGAGAGAAACCUUAUGUUUGUAAACAAUGUGGAAAAAGUUUUUCGCGAUUAACUAGUUUAUAUACACAUGAGCGAACUCAUACCGGAGAAAAACCUUAUGUUUGUAAACAAUGUGGAAAAAGUUUUUCUCAGUCAUCUAGUUUAUGUACACAUGAGCGAAGUCAUACUGGAGAGAAACCUUAUGUUUGUAAACAAUGCGGAAAAGGUUUUUGGCAAUCACAUCAUUUACAUAACCAUGAGCGAACUCAUACUGGAGAGAAACCUUAUGUUUGUGAACAAUGUGGGAAAUGUUUUUCACAGUCAUCUACUUUACAUGAACAUGAGCGAACUCAUACCGGAGAGAAACCAUAUGUUUGUAAGCAAUGCAAAAGAGGUUUUUCGCAUCGAUCUAAUUUAUAUAGACACAAGAGAAUUCAUACCGGAGAGAAACCUUACGUUUGUAUACAAUGCAAAAAAGGUUUUUCACAAACACAUCAUUUACAUGAACAUGAGCUAACUCAUACCGGAGAGAAACCUCAUGUUUGUAGACAAUGUGGAAUAAGUUUUUCACAGUCAUCUUCUUUAUAUAGACAUGAGCGAACUCAUACCGGAGAAAAACCUCAUGUUUGUAAACAAUGUGGAAAAAGUUUUUCGCGAUUAUCUAGUUUAUAUACACAUAAGCGAACUCAUUCUGGAGAGAAACCUUAUGUUUGUAAACAAUGUGGAAAAAGUUUUUCUCAGUCAUCUAGUUUAUAUACACAUGAGCGAAGUCACACUGGAGAGAAACCUUAUGUUUGUAAACAAUGUGGAAAAGGUUUUUCUCAGUCAUCUAGUUUAUAUACACAUGAGCGAAGUCAUACUGGAGAGAAACCUUAUGUUUGUAAACAAUGUGGAAAAAGUUUUUCUCAGUCAUCUAAUUUAUAUACACAUGAGCGACAUCAUAGAUUCAUGACUCUGUAAAGGGGGCGGUGUCGUGUCGAUAAUAGUAAUUUUCCAAUUUUUCAUUUCAGAUGUUAGAACUUUUAGUUCCUCGCAACUUCCCUUCUCCAGUAAAACUGUAAAUAUAAUUUUUUUCAAUUGUGCUCAUGUGAUGACCUUGCCAGUAGCUGAUAGUGGUCCGUGGUUUGCUAUAUGAUUCUUUUGUGUUUCAUUCUAGUUCUGGCUAUUGUAAGUGCUGCUCAAGUAUUAUACAUGUCUAGGAAAUUGUUUAUCUUUUAAAAUUACUGAAUUGAGUAUUUGAGCUUCAGCCUAUUUUGUGAAUAAUCAGCUGGUUGAUUAGAAGGUACCAUAUUUUCCCACAAUGUUGGAUGUUGUAUAUUGUUUUCUUACAUUGCAUUAUUUUUAACAUAUCCUUCUAUUUUACUGAUUGUUAG